AUGUCACUCUCGAGCUCUCCCUCACCCCGCCGUGGUGGAGGAUGGCCCAGUCCCGGUCUGGCUACCGGUGCCGACAGUUCUGGGCGUUCCAGCCCUUCCAGGGGUUUCCAGGAUACAACUAACAGCAGCACGAGCAGUGGAAAUGGCACUUUUCAUGCAAACGGCUCGCCCCUGAGUGUUGGAGCUGCUGGUGGCAGCAGUGUCCCAUGGGCCUCUGCGAAGGCGAAGAGCGGACGGAUAGUUGGCUACCCAUCCUUUUCAACCAGAAAUAAUGGCUUUUUCUCAAGACAACGACGCAAGAUAUCCGUGAGUUUACCGCGCUUUCGUGUCAAUUCUAUGCUGGAGUAUGGCGAGAAGGAAAAGCUGGGUCGCGGGCGAUGGUCGGGUGACAGUGGGCUAUUGCGCGCUCGCAUCAAAUCUUUACUGUAUACUAUUGUGCGGAAGUGGAGGUUUAGAUGUAUUCUCCUUUUGCUGCUAUCCUUUAUCAUUUGGCUUUCUUAUUCAGCUCGCAUCAUGCAAUCAUAUCGCGGAUCCUCAUUGGGUGGAGGGAAGAAGAUUGUGUUGAUCGUUGGGUCGAAUAUUGGUGGAGGCGUUAUGGAAUGGAAAGGCCCUCGAGAAUGGGCGAUUGAACGAGACAGCCUGAAAAACAAGAAAAACUAUGUGAAGCGCUGGGGUUACGAUCUAGAAAUCGUCAACAUGGUCACGAAGAGACGUUAUGCGCAUGAAUGGCGCGAGAGCUGGGAGAAGGUUGAUGCGAUCCGUCAAGCUAUGCGGCGAUAUCCUCGCGCUGAGUGGUUCUGGUGGCUCGACCUACACACUUACAUUAUGGAACCCAGCUUUUCCGUCCAAUCCCACAUCCUCAACAACCUCGAGAGCAAAAUAUACCGUGACAUAAACUUCUUCAACCCGCUCAACAUCACCCAUCCCCCACCCGUCCCCUAUCUAGACCCCAUCUCCCUCUCCCCGACAGGUGACGGCAAAUCCUCCUCCGUAAACAUGGUAAUCUCCCAAGACUGCACAGGCUUCAAUCUAGGCUCCUUCAUGGUCCGCCGCAGCGCCUGGACCGAACGCCUCCUCGACAUCUGGUGGGAUCCCGUGCUCUACGAGCAAAUGCACAUGGCCUGGGAACACAAUGAGCAGGACAGCCUGGCACACCUCUACGCCAGCCAGCCGUGGAUACGGCCGCAUAUUGCCUUUGUGGCGCAGAGGAGGAUAAACGCAUUCCCGCCCGGUGCCUGUGGGGAUGGUACGGAUCGCCAGUUCCAUUAUCAUCGGAAGGAUCGGGAUUUCGUGGUCAAUAUGGCCGGGUGCAAUUGGGGGAGGGACUGUUGGGGGGAGAUGUAUUAUUAUCGGCAAUUGAGUUAUUGGCUUAAUCGGACGUGGUGGGAGCGGCUUAAGGAGGGGCUGACUGGGUUGUUUUUGAAGACGGUUGGUAAAGAGGAGAUGGAGAAUAAGUGGUGA